AUGUCCGCCGACCCUGCCCUUAUCGAGGACGCCGCCGCCGAGAUUGCUGCCGCCGCCGACAUCGGCCACCCCGCCGCGCAAUCGGUGCUAGGAUUUCUGUGGGGAAUGGGGCUUCUGAGAGAGAGAAGCAAAGGAAAGGCAUUUCUCUACCACCACUUCGCCUCCGAGGGUGGCAACAUGCAGUCCAAGAUGGCUUUGGCUUACACCUACACGCGCCAAGAUAUGUUCGAGAAAGCUGUUAAGCUGUACACUGAAUUAGCUGAAGUGGCUGUGAAUAGUUUUUUGAUUUCGAAGGAUUCCCCUGUGAUUGAGCCGGUGAGGCUUUACAAUGGGGCUGAGGAGAACAAGGAGGCUCUGAGAAAAUCGAAGGGGGAAGAGGACGAGGACUUUCAGAUACUGGAGUAUCAAGCCCAGAAGGGGAAUGCUGCUGCCAUGUACAAAGUUGGCCUUUUAUACUACUUUGGCCUAAGGGGAUUGAGGCGCGAUCAUUCAAAGGCACUUUCGUGGUUCUUGAAGGCUGUGGAGAAGGGAGAACCAAGAUCUAUGGAGCUUCUUGGAGAGAUCAACGCUAGGGGAGCAGGUGUUGAGAGAAACUACACCAAAGCAUUCGAGUGGGGUGUGGGGUGUGGGGUGUGGGAAAGGGAGAGGAUAGGGGAGGUGAUGGAAACUGAUAGAGGGUUACCCUUGUUCAGCAUUGAAAAUGCGCAUAUGAAGAUUGCAGAUCAAAAGAUGGAUGUGCAUCAUCCGAUCUCCAAGUUGAAAAUGAGUGUUAUGGAAUGGGAAGACCUUGGAAGAUUUCACUUCGCAAAAAAUGGUUAA